GAGACUGAGAUUGCUUGUGCGUGCUGUACCGUGUGUGUGAGUGGGAAUCGGAGGACAUGAGCUCUACAUGAGUCGUGUAAAAAUGCUUUAAGACGCUCUCAGCGUUUGUUUUCUGACCCCUUCGAACCGAGGACCAGCCUGAAACGGAGCCUGCGUCUAAAUAUCCAUCACGACCAGGUACAACACCGCCUAAGCCUGCAGAGGCAGAAUGCCGGAGCAGAGCAACGACUACCGUGUGGUGGUGUUCGGGGCAGGAGGAGUGGGGAAGAGUUCCCUGGUCCUGCGCUUUGUUAAGGGUACUUUCAGGGACACCUACAUCCCCACGGUGGAGGACACCUACCGGCAAGUGAUCAGCUGCGAUAAAAGUGUGUGCACUCUGCAGAUCACAGACACCACAGGUAGCCACCAGUUCCCAGCCAUGCAGCGCCUCUCCAUCUCCAAGGGCCAUGCCUUCAUCCUGGUCUACUCCAUCACAAGCAAACAGUCUCUGGAGGAGCUAAAACCCAUUUAUCAACAGAUCCUGGCCAUAAAAGGCAACGUGGAGGCCAUCCCCAUUAUGCUUGUGGGAAACAAGAGUGAUGAAACCCAUCGCGAGGUGGAAACCAAGGAUGGGGAGGACCAGGCCAACCGCUGGAAGUGCGCCUUCAUGGAGACAUCCGCCAAGACCAACCACAAUGUCACAGAGCUCUUCCAGGAGCUCCUCAAUCUGGACAAGAAGAGGAACAUGAGUCUCAACAUCGACGGCAAGCGCUCUGGGAAGCAGUCCCGUGCAGAGAGACUGAAGGGCAAAUGCAGCGUGAUGUAGAGCCAGAAGGAGGGGAAAGGGGAGGACAAGCGAGGAGAGGAGAAGGGAGGGAGGGAGGAUCUAGAUCAAGAUCAAGAGAGAUAAAGAAAAAGGACAAGAUGAAGAAACCACUCCAUGUGUAUCCAAUUAAAGCAAUGCUGCUGCAACGGCAAAGGGAAUCUUAAUAUACACAUCCUCUGUUUGUUUCAGUUGGGCGUUCAAAAAAACAGGAAGAAGCAGAUAUUCAGAAGUGUUUGACUGAGUGGGAGGAAGUGAGAUGUUGGCUUGAUAUCAAGGAAAUGUUGAGAAAACAAAUGAAAGUAGAAACACAGAAACAGCGGCGAUUUGCAACACCUAAGUGCAGCAAAAUCUCAGAAUGAUCACAGAAUGGCGCCUUAAUCAAGAGAGAACCAACGUCCCCGAAUAGCAGAAAUAAUUUAUUAUCUUACAAUAAAUCUCUUAAUCUAUGCUUCUCUGCUCAUAACUAAUCUCCUCGUCAGCCUCCCAAACUCCCAUCCUCUGCAUCUCCACUAUUCCAAAAACUUUAGGAAUAUUUUUAUUUGAUUUAAGAUCAGCCAUUUGGUGAAACCUAAUCAGUCCAUUAAACCUCUAAAUUUGUGUAUCACAUAUCUGAGGCUGCCAGCAUGAGCAGAACUCAGCAGAACAUACAACCCUGGCACUUCCCAGAAUCCCACUACUGGGCUCUGAUGUAUAUAACCAUGGGGAUGUGUAAAUAUCUUCCAUCUAGCAGCAACAUGUUCAGCCUCAACAAGUCGUCCAAUCACAGGAGAGGAGCUAAUCACGUCUGCAGCAUUAAAGAUUUCAUCUCAUUGGUUCUGGUCAGAGAUGGAAAAAAUAUGAUGUAUCAACUGGUCUUUUUAAAAACUCAUCAAAAAAAAAACUUCAAUAAUCAUCUUCUGCAAUGAGAAGGUUUCUAUCUGUACACUGACACACGCAACAAUCCUUUUAAAACUUUCAUAAAGUGUAGAAUAACCGAAGAGGAUGAAGGUGAACUCACAUAAACAGAGAGAAGAAUCAAGGCCGCCUUGUUUACCAGGAUGGUACCCUUGGAUAAUCAUUGCCAAGCUGGAAAGAGGGAUAAAAAAUGUUUCCCUGUCAAAAAAAA